UGUUACUACAGAUGACGUCAUUUCAAAUCGGCAAAUAUCGAAGGACCCCAACUGCGACAGUUCUGAAAUUCGACGCGGGUCAACACUGAUCCCACAACUCAAAACAAUCGAGGCAAAGUGAUUUCGUACUAAUAGAUUCCAUAGAAAGAAAAAAUUGCAUUGAAGCAUUUUCACCCUCAUGCGUCCCUGAGGACCAGCGUCUGUCGCCAGUGAGCUUUUCUGUGAUGAGAGAGAUUGCAUGUCACAAGUAAACAAGCCGAGUUAGCGAGUUAGCUAGCUAGCUGUGGCCAGUUGUGCUGGAGCCGAAAUCGAAACCGAGAGUGGCCGAGAGAUUUUGUAUCGUGUAACUAUCUCUGGCAGCAAAUGCCUCAUCGUCACUGAGACUUGCAAAUUGUCAAACUGUUCUUCAAGGUUCAAGAGGACAUACGACAGGAAUGAACUACAAUUAACUUACAUCACUAUAAACUUCAGCAAACAAUGAUCAAACGGAAAUUUGUGGCGGCCGAGGAGCCGUCGGAGAAGAAGAAGCAGCGGCGGGAUGAGGCUAGCUCUGAUGAGGAGUCGGCGCAACACACCACCAGCCAAGACUCCAGUCAGAGUGACUCCAUGAGCGAUGCUGAGGAGGCCAGGCCUAGCUUUUCCAGACCCUUGCAGAGCCAGGAGUCAGACGGCCAGGCAGAUGCAGAUGCAGAUGCAGAUGCAGCCAACAAGUUCGCCAUGUACAACAGUGUCUCGCAGAAGCUCAUGGCUAAAAUGGGUUUCCGUGAGGGCGAGGGCCUGGGAAAGUUCGGCCAGGGUCGGAAGGAGAUUAUCGAGGCGUCUACCCAGCGGGGAAGGAGGGGUCUGGGGCUGACACUGAAAGGCUUCCAGGGGGAACUCAACGUGGACUGGCGGGAUGAACCAGCGCCCAGUGCAACAGAACCGGUGGAGUGGUUUCCAGAAAGUUCCACGGAGAUUCCUGACUCCGAUGAGCUGAAAGACUGGAUGCACAUUGGAGAGAGGAAACUGAAGAUUGAGGAUGAAACAGAGUUCUGCUCUGAAAAUCUUCUGGACCUCGUUCUCCGCUGUAAGAGUGUGUUUGAUAAUUUGGAGGGAGAGGAGAUGAGGAGAGCACGUACCCGCUCCAAUGCUUACGAAACCAUCAGAGGUGCAUUCUUCCUCAACAGAGCUGCAAUGAAAAUGGCAAAUAUGGACCAUGUCUUUGACUACAUGUUCACCAACCCAAAGGACUCGCAAGGGAAACCACUAACACGGGAUAAGGAGGGGGAGCUGCUGUAUUUCGGUGACGUGUGCGCGGGACCCGGCGGCUUCUCGGAGUACGUGCUCUGGAGGAGGAAGUGGCACGCCAAAGGCUUUGGCAUGACCAUCAGAGGACCCAACGACUUCAAACUGGAGGACUUCUAUGCAGCGCCCAGCGAGCUCUUCGAGCCCUACUACGGUGAGGGAGGGGUGGAUGGUGAUGGUGACAUCACACGGCCAGAGAACAUCACCGCAUUCCGGAACUUUGUCCUGGAGAACACAGAACGCCGCGGCCUGCACUUUCUCAUGGCAGAUGGAGGCUUCUCUGUGGAGGGUCAGGAGAACAUCCAGGAGAUCCUCAGCAAGCAGCUCCUCCUCUGCCAGUUCCUCACGGCGCUGUCUGUGCUCAGAACGGGUGGCCAUUUCGUGUGCAAGACCUUUGACCUGUUCACAGCCUUCAGCGUGGGGCUGGUGUACCUGCUGUACCUCUGCUUUGACAGGGUGUCCCUCUUCAAGCCCAUCACCAGCCGGCCUGCCAACUCCGAGAGGUAUAUUGUAUGUCAGAGCCUGAAGCCGGGGUCUGAUGCUGUGAGGGAGUACCUGUUCACCGUCAACAUCAAGCUCAACCAGCUGCGACACAAAGACUCUGACGUCAACGAAGUCGUCCCACUGGACAUCAUCAGAUCAGAUACAGACUUCUUUCACCACAUGAUCCGCUCGAACGAAAGCCACUGCGCAGUACAGGUGAAAGCCCUGGCUAAAAUCCACGCCUUCGUAUUAGACAAUACUCUGUCAGAGCCUCGUCAGGCUGACAUCCGUAAGGAGUGCCUCAAGACAUGGGGGGUCCCUGAUAAAGCCAGAGUUGCUCCAGGACACCCAGAUCCCAAAAGCAAAUUCUAUGAACUAAUGAAGGGUUCAGACAUGGAGUGGCUGAGCCUGAAGCCGACCCCCCUAACCUCCACCACACUGGAUAAGGUUGCGCAUGUGCUGGACCACAGGUGCAUUGUGGGAGGAGGCGAGCAGCUGUUUCUGCUAUCGCUUGGGAGGUCCCAGAUCUACACAUGUGACGGGCGCAUGCCCCUGCGCUGGAGGAAGCUGGAGACGGUCAACAAGCUGGAGCUGCCCAGGGACACACUACUGAGUGUGGAGAUCGUCCAGGAGCUCAAGGGGGAGGGGAAAGCCCAGCGAAGAAUAAAUGCGGUCCAUGUUCUGGAUGCAUUGGUGUUGAACGGGACAGACGUGAGAGUGCAGCACUUCAACCAGCGGAUCCAGAUGGUGGAGAAGUUUGUAAAGGCUGUAUCCAAACCUAGCAGACCUGACAUGAACCCCAUAAGGGUGAAGGAGGUGUACAGGCUGGAGGAGAUGGAGAAGAUCUUUGUCAGAUUGGAGAUGAAGGUGACUAAGGGUUCGGGAGGGAUGCCCCGUCUGUCAUACACGGGCCGAGACGACCGCCACUUCCUGCCCAGUGGCCUCCACAUAAUCAAGACUGUUAACGAUCCCUGGACAAUGGCUUACAGUAAAAGCUCAAAGAGGAAGUACUUCUACAAUAAAGCCACAAGUGUUUCCACCUUUGACCUGCCACCCGAUUCAGUCGCCCCCUUCCAUGUCUGCCACAAGGAGCGAAUCUUCUGGGCAUGGGAGGAAGGGGUCAAAGUUCACGAUUCCCAGACAAGGGUUGACCCUGAGAAGCUUUCCAAAGAGCACCUGCUGGAGUUCAUCCACCAACAUUACCAGCACUAAAAACACACAACAACAACAACAACAACAACAACACUCUUAUAUUUAAAUACCACCACCACAUGCUUCCAUCCAAGAACACACACACACACACAUCGGCGUACAGUGCACAUUACCAGCACUGAAAACACACAACAAGAACACUCUUAUAUUUAAAUAAUACCAUCACAUGCUCACACAAGUAUGUCUGACUUCCAUCCAAGCACACACACACACACAUAUCGGCAUACUGUACACAUUUACAUGCAGUGUGGAGUGCAGUGGACAGAGAUCUUUAAACAUCAUUUAAACUGAAGAAAGGAAUUACAUUUUAGCGAU